UCUUGUAUAAAGCGCUGUUCCCGAAUCCGUUCAACACUUACGUAUCCAAUGUCUGGGCAGUACGGACCCGUUCUACCUCCAGGUUUUAAACGGAGUCAUGUUAAUGACAAUAUCCUAACAUCAUCUGAGGGAAAUGUUUCAUCUGAAGAUAAUUUACCUACCUGUUCCAAUAACACAUCAAACUCUGGAGAAUCUGACUUCAUAGAUAGUGAGAAGAUGGCUCAUCUUCCAAAAAAAGAUACUAAAGUGUCAAGUUCUUGGCAGCAGAUUUCGUCAGGUGAUUACAGAAGUGCCUGUCAAAAGACACCGGUAUCCUCUCUGUCACAGAAAGAAGAUAAUAUCGUGGUCGGACCCAUAGUUCGAAGCUCACAAAAGAGUAAAUUGUCAACAUAUAAUGUUGAAGAAAGUUCAUCAACGCCUCUUAAAGAGCACAAAAUAAUUGGCCCACAGCUUUCUAAUAUGAACACUAUUGAAACGAAAGCUUCUACAUGCUCCUCACCUGACACUUUCAACAAUGAACCUUUUCCUGAUGCAAACCAAAGCAGGUGUGCCAGUUCAUAUGAUGUUUUUGGACCAGCAUUACCCCCUGAUUUAAUCAAGGACAAAGCAAAAGAUAAUUGUUCAGUAAGUGAGAAACCAUCAACUUUAAUCGAAGAUUUUUCCUUAAUUGGCCCUCUUCCUUCUGAAAUGUUCCAACAAGGAAUGAAAGAUGAAUCGAUAUCAGAUGAUAUUGAAAAAAGAUCUUUGGACAUGAAAGACAAACUCACAAAGAAGGUAGAUGGCGAAGUUUUAAGCCGAGAAACAUGGAUGUUGGAGCUGCCUCCAGAGAUAGGCCCUGGUCUUGGCCUUGUUGCAAGAACAUUUAGGCCAUCAAAGAGUAUAUGCCAGUCUAAGGACAGUUCUGUGUGGACUGAUACUCCUACUGACCAAGCCAAGAAGCAAAAGGAAGGUCAAGAAAAACAUGGUGGGAAGAGAAGUUCCACAGAAACUGACCAGAUCAUAAGUGAAAGAGAUCAACGGUGCUCAAUAAUUGUGGAUGAAUACAAUAAAAACAGAAGAUCUGAGUCUCUUCUCAACAUGCAUACAAAACAAAGGAAAAUUGCCAAGAGAGACAGUGACGAACCUGUUGAACGACAGCCUUUUAGCCGAGAGCAUGAUUUGGAAGCUGUUCAUCUGAACAGUACUCAACGGAAAUCAAUCAUUGAAAAAUCUCAGUCUCUGGGUUCAAGAUUUGGAAGUGGGACAUCUCGAUUCCUUUGAUUAAUUAGUUAAAGGUUGAGAUCACAUACUCACACAUUGGGAAGAUGAUAAAU